AAGCCGGUCCUGCUAAGCGUUUUCGCUGUGCCCUGGUUUAUCUGCGGCCUAUCGUUCUGCACCGUGGGCGCCAUGCAAUCCAUUGGCCAGUUGAGCAGCUUCUGUGGCAGCUACGGCUUGAUGGCGCUGCUCAGUCUGCUGCAGUGUGUGGCGGUGGGCUGGAUGUACGGCGGCAUGCGCUUCCAGGCCAACUGGGCCGCCAUGCAGGGCUGCUGCUGCUGCCCCUACCCCCUCAUCUUCUGGGCGGUCGUCACACCGCUACUUCUCUUCGUGAUGCUGAUCGCGUGGUUCUUCACCCUUUCCACAUAUAACCAUGACCUGAUUCAACUAGCGGCUUUCAUCAUCACGCUGCUGGUGGUUGUCAUUUCCGCGGUGAUAAUCUUCUGCAAGCAGCCGGGCAGCGUGCGACAGAAAUGGCGUGCAGUCUCUUCGCCUCAAGGUCUGGCUGACCAUCAGCUGAGGCCGCGCGACCGACGCUACAACAACGUCGCCCUGGGGAACGUGGGGGGCGUGUGAGACGCCAGUUGCCGGCCCAGCAGUUCAUCUCUCCCGCUUCGUCCUUUCCCCGCGUGUUACGUCCCACGAGACGUCAUGCGAUGCGGUUCUUAACCAGCGAAGCGCCACUCAUCCCUGCUUUUGUGGAGAGACAUGUUGAAGCCAUCGAUGAGGAGGCAGUGAGUGCUUCAGCCCCGAUUGCGGCGGGGAUUAAGCCCAGAUUGCGGCGGGGAUUAAGCCCCGAUUGCGGCGGGGAUUAAGCCCUGAUUGCGGCGGGGAUUAAGCCCUGAUUGCGGCGGGGAUUAAGC